AUGGCUACAGUAUUCGAUAUUGUUGAGACAGCGAUCAUGGCUUUACGCGCGUAUGCUGUCAAUGGAAAGGACUGGCGCAUCCCUUCGGUUAUUGUGGCUCUCUUCCUUGUAGAGAUCGCGUGCAAUAUAUACGAAACAGGUACUCUCCGUAUCAUGAACUCACCAUAUGGAUGCUUCCCUGAAGACACGAACAACCUUGCCGACCUCCAGAUUCAUGCGAUACUGAUGUAUGCGGUGGAAGUCAACAUUGCGAGCGUAAUCACAGCAUUGCUAGCGCAUCUUCUGUUGCUCGUGGAAACUUGGCGCCGUACAUUCAAAACGAAGAGGUUUGCUGACUCCAUCGGCGAGCAGGCGAGCAUCACCAACCUAUUGCUCGUGGAUGGUACCGUGUUCUUCGGAACAAUAUUUGCAUUUGAUAUCUUGGAUGUCGUGAUCAUGUACACGAAGAACUUCAAGGGCUUCGGGGCAUUUCAACCCGUAUUGACAGGCAUUCCCUUGUCCCGAUUUUUCCUGAACCUACGCAAUGCGGUCGACUCACGUUUCACGACGACGGGGAAGAAGCGCACGACGACUCAGAAAGUGCAGGGGAGCAGCAGACCGGAGGACAUGACGGCCUCCGUCGUGAUGUUCAGGCCACUUCUGCUCCUGUGGUCCUGGCAUGUGCUUCCGCUCGAGGAGAAUGAAAAUCUAGGCUCCAAGGCCGGGGUACCUGGCGGGACGUGA